AGCCGCGCCGGGCCAUGGCGCAGCCAGGGCCGCGCCGGCUGUGACGGGCCAUGGCGGCCCCGCACGCCGAGAAGCUGGAGGGAGGCGUCCCGGCGCCGCCGCCCCCGCCGGGGCCGCCGCACCCCGCGGGCAGCGCCGCCGCCGGCGGGCCCGGCAGGAAGCAGGGGAAGGCAGGUCUGCAGAUGAAGAGUCCCGAGAAGAAGCGGCGGAAAUCCAACACCCAGGGCCCGGCCUACUCCCACCUCUCGGAGUUCGCCCCGCCGCCCACCCCCAUGGUGGACCACCUGGUGGCCUCCAACCCCUUCGAGGAUGACUUCGGCGCCCCGAAGGUGGGGGCGUCGGCCGCCCCCUUCCUGGGCAACCCCGUGCCCUUCAGCAGCUUCCGCGUGCAGGGCGGCGGCAUGUCGCCCCAGGUGCCCCCCGGCUACGGCGGAGGGCCCCAGCCCCUAAGGAGGCAGCCCCCGCCCUUCGCCCCCAGCCAGAUGGGCCCAGCCUUCAGUAUGCCCCCCCAGAACCCCAGCUACGUUCAGCCUGGUGGCAUGAGCUUCCCCAGCCAGCCCUUCAGCCAGCCCCUCGGACAGAACUUCAGCCCUCCCACGGGGCAGCUCAUGCAGGGGCCGGUCGGGGGCUUUGGGCCCAUGAUCUCCCCUACCAUGGGGCAGCCACCCCGGGGUGACAUGGGCCCGGGGCCUGCUCUCAACCCCCCUGGGGGUCCUGCCAUGGCUCCGCGGUUCAGCCAGCCUGGCAAUCUCUUUGGACAGUCUCCCAUGCAGCGGCCCAGCCAGAACAUGCCUAAUCUGCCCCCAAACACCAGCCCGUUCCCUGGGGCAGAUUCCGGCUUUCCAGCUGGUGCAGAGGAGGGGGGCAAGAACCUGAACCCCCCUCCCAGCACCUUCAGCCAGGAGCAGCACUCAGGCUCCCCGGCAGCUGUCAAUGGGGCUCAGCCCAGCUUCGCCCCGAACAGCGGCAGCCGGAGCAGCGGCACUCCUGAAGGCAACAGCCUCCCGCCUUCCAGCAAGGCGGCCGGCAGCUCCGGGCACCAGCCGCCCCCGGGCCUGGUGUACCCCUGCGGGGCCUGCCGCAAUGAGGUCAACGACGACCAGGACGCCAUCCUGUGCGAGGCGUCGUGCCAGAAGUGGUUCCACCGGGAGUGCACAGGCAUGACGGAGAACGCCUACGGGCUGCUCACCACGGAGGCCUCAGCUGUCUGGGCCUGCGACUACUGCCUGAAGACGAAGGAGAUCCAGUCGGUGUACAUCCGGGAGGGCAUGGGACAGCUAGUGGCGGCCAAUGAUGGCUGAGGGGCUCCUGCCCCGCGGGACUGGUGGCGCUGCCUUCUCCUUGUACAGAUCCCUGCUCGGUUUAGGACCAAACCCCUUUUUGUAGCCACCUACCCCCGCGAGCGAGACAGAGACGUGAGCCUGGGCUUUGACAUUCCUUCCCCAUCCCUGCUGCUCCCAGCCAGGCGCUGACCACCCCAGACGCUGGGCACGGCGGGAGCUCGCAGCUCCGGAGCGAUUCCUGCAGCUGCACCCUCUGCUCUGUGCCCCAGAGCCCGCCAGCCUGGAGGCAGCACAGCUGCGCAGGCGGAAGCAGAGGAGCGUGGGGACGUCACGGUGCGUGGAGCCGGCUGCCCUGGGCACUGUGCGGGCUGUGCAGCCGCGUGCUCUGGGCCGCACGGGCUCUCUGGAGCUCGGAGCUGCCCUGGCUGCGCUCGCGUUACUGUUGCAGUCCUUUGGCCGCAGGACUGAGCCGCGCAGGAGGUGCUGGCCUGGGCUGUGGGCAGGGGCUUCCUUUGCUUCCCAGGCGCUGCCCUUGCCUGGUCUCCCUGCCUUUAGCGUCCGUGUGGCAAGGGCCGAAGCAGGGCGGGAGCGAACGUGUGCGCCUGGCUCUGCUCUGCUCAGGCUGCUGGUCGUUGUCGCUGGCUGGGCUGGCGGAGGAGGGCAGCGGCGGCGGCCCCAGGCCACCCCGAGCAGGGCCGGCCGCGGUGUUCGGCGCCGGCCGCCCCGGGGAGGCGCCUGAGCUGCGAGCGCCCGACGCCGUGGGCGCCCCUGGGCACGGAGCGGUGACGCCGGAGGAGCCGGUCGGGCCGGGGGGCAGCGCUGGGGGGGCCCCGCUGCCGCGGCGGCCCCCGCCCCCCUCCCGCCGCCGCUCGGUGACUUCCCCCCUUUUGUAACGCGGUCCCGGAGCUCUGUGCGGGGCCGGGGGGCGCCGCUGCCGCCGCCGCCCCCGUUGUAACGGAGCGUUAACGGAAACUUUUGUAUCGUCGCUAUAAAACUCCGAAAUCGGC